AUGGCUUUCCCGUCCUACAAGCGGUCGCUUGAUUCCUUCAAUCCUGAGGCUUCCUCACCCAGACCGCCUCACCGCCGAAAACUGAACAAUUCCAGGUCCACACCGACCUCCACCAUCGCAAACCUCGGCCUUGUUCCAGACUUCAACCCCACGCAAGCACUACAGCAGAAACCGCACAGCUGCUUGAAGCACCAUACGGGACCCGACCUUAUAUCCCCUCUUUCUGACGAGCUCCUUCUGCGCAUCCUCUCUUCACUCUCACUGAACCAGCUCCUCGGCGUUUCUCCCGUUUCCCGCCGAUUUUAUACCCUCGCCUGCGACUCGCAGUUGUGGAAGAAUUUGUACUACCAUCGCUUUGUGCUGCCUAGAGCCCGACUCAUACCAGGCUUCGGCCCACACCUGGGUGGGAAUCAUAGCAAGAACACAUUCGGUCGAGCCUGCAGGUGGGGAACAGGACACCGAGCCUGCGGGAAUGACCUCGAUACAGAUUCGAAGGUCAAUAACGCGGGAGAUCUCAAUACCGGCAGUAGCGGCCAGAAUGAAGAUGCCGAGGACGAACAAGAGGAGGGGGUGCGGGACUGGCUGGAGGGGGGUAUAACACCGCCUGAGGACCACGAUGACGACGUGCAAAGCGACGGCGUACAGGAAGACCCGCUGUUGUACUACGCACCCGAUGAGGACAGACCGAACAGGACGAUGGACUGGAAGAGACAAUACAGAAUACGCCACAACUGGGCGAAGGGCAAAUGUAAGGCUGUUGAGCUUCGCCUAAGCGGAGGACAGGAAACAGUGAAGACCCCACGUCAUGAAGAACGUUUCAACGAGCAUCAACGCUCGAGGAAAGGACGGAGGAGUUUCAUAAAGGCAGUUCAGGGUAUUGCAGUCAGUGCAGAUAGCCGAUAUCUGCGUGCAUGGGAUCUCAGGAGCCGCAAACUGUUGGGACAUGUAGGGUUGGUGGAGGUCCCAGAAGUUGACGGGGACGCCCACAGCACUGCACCAAGCUGCAUGGCCAUCGAUGAGGCAAAGCUCGUGGAUGGACUGCUGGACAUUGCGCUGGGGUUCACCGACGGGAGCUUUGGGGUGUGGAGGCUAUCUGUCAAGGACGGCCGCUUGAAACGACGAUACCGACACGAAAAGUCCAGCAAUGGCGAGCUGAUUGAGAUGGCGUACUCGCACCCGUACCUGAUCACAGCUACCAGGGCGGUUUUGGUAUCGCUAUACACCUUUGGUGGCUCCAUGGCUGGGCCCUGUGAUAAAACCAUGGUCUUACCGCCGCCGUCUCUACUAGCAUCGCUAGACUCGCACACGUGUCAGGCACCUCUCUCCUUCUCCAUCCGGAAAACGAACUCUUCAGUCAUCGCAUCAAUUGCAUAUACGGUGACUACCCACAUCGGCUGGUCUUUUGGCGUUCAGGAUCUCCACAUUUCACCCCCUAUUCAAGAUGAUCCAGCCUCGAUGCCAGAAAUCACAACUACGCCCAUCGCUCACACUCUCCCGCUUCUCCUGUUCCGUCGCCCGGUCAACUGGAUUGAGUAUAUACCCAGGCCAGGUCAUGGUUCCCGCGAGCCCGCCGAAUCAAGCGUAUAUGAACCUCCCUUCACACCGCCCAUGACUCCCCGGUCUAGAGUCAUGGACCCUGGCCGUUUAUCCCCUCACUUCAGCUUCUCGCCUCGCGAGUGUGGGCCGAAAGCCUUGUGCUACAACCAUCCUUACCUCGUUGCGACCCUGCCCGACAACACUUUAUCCCACUUUCUGUGCCGGUCUGGCCCGUCCUCCUUGACGGUCACCUCUGGUCAUCGGCUAUGGGGGCACACGUCUGGAAUCAGCCAAGGUCAGGUCAACUGCCGCGGUAAGGCUGUCAGUGUGGGCUCUCGAGGUGAGGAGAUGCGCGUGUGGGCUUUGGAAGGUGCCACGUCGAGGGCGAGCAAUGUUAUGAGUGUGGAGAUACGACCGGAGAGGGUCUCGGGGCGGGACAACGGGACGAGCCGGUACUAUGACCCAAUUGAUGUUGCAGAAGAGCGGGAUCUGGUUGGGUUUGAUGAUGAGAUGAUUGUUGUUUGGAAGCAGAACAGAGGCGGGGGAGAGAGCCUGGUGAUUUACGACUUUACUUGA